AUGGAUUUCCCGAAAUUUCGCCCCGAAAACGAAGCGGGGCGAUUUCUACUUUCAAAAAAAAUCCUAAAAUCAUACCAAGACAUCCACCCAGACUCCAAUUACAUCCGGGACACCCCCCAAAUGUACAAAAGAUUAGCCUGGGACCAAAAACGCAUCAAAGAAAACACUUUAACGUGGAAGCGACAAUCAGCGAUAGAAUUCCGAUCGAAACUGGACCACGUAGCCUACCGUUGGAUACAAAAAGCUAACGAUUUCAAAAAAUUAAUCAAAAAAUCCAACAAAUUCGUAAUGGGAAACGCGGAAAAACGCGCUAGAACGCGCAUAAAAAUCUUAAACGAACUUAAUAUCCAAGAAAAACGCGACGCGGACAUCGAAAAAUUACAAACCGAUUACAACAAUUUAUCGCAAAUCAAAUGUUUAAUGGAAAACAAAUUAAAAUCGCUUAAAAUGUACGAAGAUUACCUCGAGGAAGUCGCCAAAAAAGACAACUUCAGAAACAUCAAUAACAUCUUAAUAAGAUUUUACGAUUUAUUAUCGACGAAAGACGCCCUUUCGAAAAAAAUCAUUGAAUACGACGAGAAUUUAUUCACGUUAAAAGGGGAUUUUGCGAAAUUGCUCGAGGAAAAACGGACGAAAUUAAACGGGAUUUCGCAUCAUUUGGGGCUAACUUACCAAACGUAUGAAAAUGCGAGAGCGAAUUCGCUCCGUUUGGAGGGACUCGUGGCGAAAAUUCAAAAGGUUUGUGUGAGGAAACGCGCGGAACACAUCGGGUUGAAAAAGGCUAUCUGGAGUUGGUACCAGAAAGUGUGCCAAAUGAGGGGGGACGAGAUUAAAGUGAAAGAAUGGGAUAUCGAGGCUCAAUUGGAGUAUAUAGGUUCUAAAUUUGGUGAAUUGGCGGUGAUUAAUUCGUUUUUGCAACGUGAAAGAAAACAAACGAAGUUUAUUUGA